CGAGAGCACGAAAAGAGAAACAAUCCGACCCGAAAAAAAAACACCCGAACGAAUCGCGGAAGGUAAGGUGAGCAAAAUCAAGCAAGAACAAUGCCAUUGCCAACGGUCGUUUCCCCUUUCUCAUCUUUCUCGGCCAUCUUUACCGCGCGCUCUUCACUCCCUCCAAAACGCAACGUUUCCCCUUACCCCCUUUCCAUUCUCUCUCGCAGAGACAUUGCUCUGCUUUCCUUUCUCGCUCUCGCUCCACCUGCCUCCGCCAUUGACUUUGGCAUCUCAGGACCGAAGAAUUGGCUCAAAGAGCAGAAAAAGAAAUCCUCUAAGUUCCUAUUGGCACCCGUCGAUGCCUCCCGCGAAAUUCUUCGCUCUGCCUAUCUCAUGCUCACGGAAUCCGACGCUACUUAUACGGAUGAGGAUUUAGAGAAGAUUCAGCAGCUCUUUGUAUCCGCUGCUAGGGAUUGCGUACCACAGGACCGGAAUUCUUUCGUCACUUUCCAAGCCAACACCGGAGUAGAGGUGUGCACAUUUCGGUUGGUUGUGAAGAAUGCAGCUUCAUUGCUCGGAGAUAAGGAUCCUGUGAAGUUGAAAGCCGAAGCUUUGCUAGAUAAUCUUAUAAGAUCUUUCACCUCAAUCAGUGGGCUGGCAAACAAAACUGACAUUCGACUUGCAUCAGAUAGAACAAAGAUAGCUGAUGCUGUAUCAAAUACCAUAUCUUCUCUUGACAAAUUUGAGCAGGGAAUCAGGGAUUGCCUUGAAAUCUGACUGUAUAGGAAUCGGAUAGCCUAUACUACUUUUUGAUGUGGAAAGUUGAUCAUUAAAAAACUCACGCAAGGCUAUUGGUGUAAUCAGCAAUUUUCUUUUAGCACCGCGGUGUGUGACUGCCGAGAAUAUCGAAAUAUGCUUUUGUCCUACUUAAGUUACUUGUUAGUUCUCAAUCUAAAAUCUGUAAGCACUCUGUCAAGAGUCAAGACGGAUCUGAUAUUCUUUUUCAAUGCAUGCUCUUGUUGAUAGCUUUAUCCUUUUGAUAUUUACAGGGUAUGUUCAUAAUUUGCAAAUACUGAAUAUGUAAUUAACUUUCGAGUCUCAAAAUUUGAAUAUUUUUUCAGGUUCCUUUUUUUUAAAAAAAAAAUUCUCUGAACGUUUCUUUCUUCUUGA